CACAUGACUUAGCUUUGGCAAAAAUCAAAAUGACAGCUAGUGUAAAAGUGUCUUCUAUGUGUUUAUGUACUGUUUUAUUACUUUUAUUCAAUGUAUAUGUCAACAGUCAGGACACCGAUGCACAGUUAUGUCAGAUGUGUGAAGGAACGGUACGACAUGAUAGUCCGGUGUGGGGUUUCUGCCUAACAAAAGGAUAUAUUAAGGGUCACUGCUGUUUUAAAAACAAUACCAGCGAUGUCGACACUAUUAUAGGGUUGGACUUGUCAAACUGUUCUAUCAGUCAUGUAGAGCACCUUUAUAAUUCAUCCACUGCACUCAUCAUAGAUCUCUCCAACAACCCCAUCUCCAACCUGAGUGAUUUUGUGUUUCAGGGUUUCAGCCAGCUUACACAACUUUUACUACCAUCAAAACUGGAGUGUCCGGGGGGCAGAGCCACAUGGGAGAAGGUCGAAGUGAAAAACAUUACCAGAAUCUGUGAAGGUCAAAAAAAUGCCUGCAAAUCAAACAGCGCGAUGCCCUUGAACUGCCCUGAAAACUCAUUCUGGCAGCCCAUACGGGCCAGGAUUUUCGAGUGUAGCUGUCUUGACAAUUUCCAUGGGUACAAAUGCAUGAGACAGGGAGAAUUUCCCAUAGUUAAGGUGCUCGUACUCACCGCAUCAACAGUGGUGGUUUCUUCUGUGCUCUGGUUCACACAAAGACGAAAAGUCAAGAACACUUGAGUUUUAAAGAGACUGACUAUUGGAGUGAGAGCCCUAAAAAUGCAUCAGGUGCAUUCAAAUGAUGCAUCCAAAUACUGAGUAUCAUACACUGGAAAGUUAACCACCAGUUUCUUAUUCUUUUAACUAACCAAAUGCAAGUUUACAUGACAUUGUUAUUAAUGUUUUAAAUGAAUAAGUUUAAACACAGCUUGUGUUUCAGUCCUUUUAACCUUAAUGUCCUUAAAAAUCGUUUUAUUUAUAUAUCUUAUAAAGUAUUUCAUGAACUGACAUAUUCACAGCCAUAAAGAGGCUGGUUUGCAGAAGGAAAACUGACCACAUACUGAACUUGCUGAUCCUAUUUGGAAAGCUGCCACAUUUCUGACAAAUGUUUUUACUCUAAACAAUUGAAAAUGAAGCACUGAGAUAUUUUAAUGAUGGUUAUGAAGGACAAAUACUGUAUGUUGCUUUAGAAGAAAAUGAUCUUCAUUUUAAAAAGUGUUUAAAGACUAAAGUAUUUUUGACAUUUUACAAGGGAGUAAAUGUGAAAAUGUAGAUUGUAACUGUCACAUUCUGCUGUUUACAGAUGUCUUGUGUUAGUCAGCUGAUAAUAGUUCCUGCAAUGCUUGUCUUUGUUGGCAGUGUAAAAGUAAAGCUAGUAAAUGUUUCAUCUGCUAAUAUGAGAUAAUAUUCUGACACACUGUUUGCCGAAAACUGACAUAAAUGUUUUUUUUGUCAAUAAUGUAAUAUUGUGGUAUGCAUGUACCUUGUUAACCUGGUACCUAAAAUAAAGAUCUGUUAAAAAAU